CGGCAUUUGUGUGGCCUUGGCUGAGCUCAACAUCUCUCUCUCUUCCUCACUAUUAUCUCUUGGCCUUCUUCGCUCAAUCCCCUUUGCUCAAUUCUCUAUCACCGAUGCGUUUCUGUGUUCGAAGAUUCACAGCUACAGCCGCUUCUUCUCCCUCUGCGUUAUGAUUGUUGCCGUGAAUGAGAUUUCGCCGGUGGUCUUGAUUUUGAGUGUUUUCUUUCAUCUUCGGCUCUCUUUCGACGGGAGUGGUUGUUAUUUAAUGCUAGUUGGAUUCAAUGAGAUUUCUCUCUUCGACUAGAGAUGGCAUCCGCUCCUUCGAUGUCAGUUUCUUUAGAAUGCGUGAAUAUUUGUAAAUUCUCGAAAGGCGAUGGAAGUGGUCGAUAUGAUUGCAGUAUUCUCUCGUGUGCAUGGAAGGCUCCGAGGGCGUUGACGGGUUUUCUUGCAAGCACGACCCAUUCUCUUCCGUGUUCAUCUUUCUUUUAUCCGAAAAAUGGCAAAAGAGGCAGAAUAAAUUCUAGAUUUGAUUCCAUCAAUGUAAGGGGAUGGUAUUCCAAUGAAGUUACCAACCAUGUACAUCAUGUAAGGUUACUUAAAUCGAGCCUACUUAAUGAUAUUUGUAGAAGGAAGAAAUUCUGUUGCUCUUCAUUCUUGUCUUCAGAUGCCUUUGAUGAGAUUUCUCCCGAAGGUUUGUGGGAGGACCUUAAGCCCACUGUCUCUUAUCUCUCACCCAAGGAACUGGAACUGGUGCAUAAUGCUCUAAAGCUUGCUUUUGAGGCUCAUGAUGGUCAAAAAAGACGUAGUGGAGAGCCAUUCAUUAUUCAUCCAGUUGAGGUUGCCCGAAUUCUUGGGGAACUCGAAUUAGAUUGGGAGACUAUAGCUGCUGGAUUGCUGCAUGACACAGUUGAAGACACAGAUGUUGUUACCUUUGAAAAAAUAGAAGAGGAAUUCGGUGCUACAGUUCGUCACAUUGUUGAAGGGGAGACUAAGGUGUCUAAACUUGGCAAGUUGAAGUGCAAGAAUGAAGGCAAUUCAGUACAAGAUGUAAAAGCUGAUGAUCUGCGACAGAUGUUUUUAGCCAUGACAGAAGAGGUCCGUGUGAUCAUUGUCAAAUUAGCAGACCGCUUACAUAAUAUGCGCACUCUUUCACACAUGCCCCCACAUAAGCAGUCCAGCAUUGCAAGGGAAACAUUGCAGGUCUUUGCUCCUCUUGCUAAGUUGCUGGGUAUGUACCAGAUAAAGUCGGAACUAGAAAACCUUUCUUUCAUGUAUACCAAUCCUGAAGAUUAUUCCAAGGUCAAAAGAAGAGUUGCAGAUCUUUAUAAAGAACACGAGAAAGAAGUGAUAGAGGCAAAGAAAAUUUUGACUCAGAAGAUUCAGGAAGAUCAGUUCCUAGACCUUAUGACUCUGAGAACUGAAGUCCGAUCUGUAUGUAAGGAGCCUUACAGCAUCUAUAAAGCUGUUAUCAAGUCUCAAGGUUCAAUCAGUGAGGUUAACCAGAUUGCACAGCUCCGCAUUAUCAUACAACCAAAGCCAUGCAUUGGUGUUGGACCAUUAUGUAGCCCACAGCAGAUUUGUUACCAUGUUCUUGGGUUGGUACAUGGAAUAUGGACGCCUAUUCCUAGAGCUAUGAAAGAUUAUAUAGCAACUCCAAAACCUAAUGGUUACCAAAGUCUUCACACAACUGUAAUCCCCUUCCUUUAUGAGAGUAUGUUUCGGCUAGAAGUUCAGAUCAGAACUGAGGAGAUGGACUUAAUAGCUGAGAGAGGUAUUGCUGCUCACUAUUGUGGGGGUGGGCUUGUAACUAGUCCAGUUAGACAUUCUAUGCCCAAUACCAGAAGUUCAAGAGGGAAAGCUGUCUGUCUUAGUGAUGCAAACAUUGCACUCAGGAUUGGCUGGCUCAAUGCUAUAAGAGAAUGGCAAGAGGAGUUCGUUGGUAACAUGAGCUCAAGAGAAUUUGUGGACACUGUAACCAGAGAUUUAUUAGGCAGUCGAGUCUUUGUUUUUACACCAAGGGGAGAGAUUAAAAACCUACCUAAAGGUGCAACUGUAAUUGAUUAUGCAUACAUGAUACACACUGAAGUUGGUAACAAGAUGGUAGCUGCAAAGGUGAAUGGUAACCUUGUUUCUCCAAUGCACGUUCUUGCUAAUGCAGAAGUUGUUGAGAUAAUCACAUAUAAUGCACUUUCUGGAAAAUCAGCUUAUCAGCGGCAUAAACAGUGGUUGCAACAUGCAAAAACACGAAGUGCUAGACACAAGAUUAUGAAGUUUUUAAGGGAACAAGCUUCGCUGUCAGCUGCUGAAAUAACAGCAGAUACAAUUACUGACUUCACUGCUGAUUCUGAAGAGGAAAGUGAGACAGAAGACAUCCCAGUUGUCUCCACUAAAAACAAACCUCUCUGGGAGAAAAUUUUGGAUAUGGUGGAUAUUUCAUCCACUCGGAAAAAUAGUAAAGACAAGUUUCAGUCGAAAAACAGCAAGGUUUCUGUUCCCAGAGUGAAUGGCAAACAUAACCACUAUGUAAAUGUAAGCUUGAAGGCAGAAGGAGAUAUUUUAUCAAUGGGAAAUGGGGUCGCGAAGAUUAUACAACCGUUAUACAAGGACGUUUUGCCUGGUUUGGAUAGUUGGCAAAUCAGCAAGGUUACCUCUUGGCACAGUCUUGAAGGGCACUCUAUCCAAUGGCUUUGUGUUGUUUGCAUAGAUCGAAGAGGCAUAAUGGCUGAUGUUACAACAGAGUUGGCAGCAGCAGGCAUCACUAUUUGUUCCUGCGUGGCCGAGAUGGAUAGAGGAAGGGGAUUGGCCGUCAUGUUGUUUCACGUUGAAGGGAACCUGGACAGUGUGGUAAUGCAUAACAUUUGCUUUCUCUCAGUGUACAAGUCAACGCUUGCACAAGGGUCGACACAAUCUUGGGCGUCUUGGGAUGGUCAACAGGUUGCAGCUGGCCAAGCACAGUGGAAAACCAAAACUUUCUCGAGUGCUAAACGAUUUGGGACUUCAUCGAAAGGGAGGAACCGGUAAGUCCCCAAAAAAAAAGAAACCUUUGAGGAGGUAACUACUUCACCUGAGAAAUGCAUGGAUUGAGUUUUGAAGUUUUGUUCCCUGAGGAAAAGAAAAUUCCAUAAUAUUUUUUAUGGUAGAUUUUUGGUAGUUAGUCCCAUUAUGUUUAUGGAAAAACCAAAUAAAGUUGGUAGUGAAUUGAGUUUUAGUAUGUGGAUUCAGGGCAGUGUGUAUACAAAAAAGGAGUGAAUAGGUAAAGGCAUUAUACUUUGUAAAGAUACUAUUGAGGAGGAUAGAGUUACAAUUUUACCCACAAUUUGUUCA